CAUCAGUCCAUCACACACGUAUUACAAAUCAGAUACAUUUUAUAUGGCCUUCCCGUUUCUACCAUUUCUGGGAAAAUCAACAGUGUUCGGAUGCAUAUCUUCUUAUCAUCCAAGAUUUCCGGUCCAUAAUCUGUUCCGUAAGAAGGAAAAACGACCUACUUCGUUAAUUACUAAUGCACGAUUGCAGCCUCAUAAACACAUCAGCUGCAGUGAUAGCGAUAGUGAGAGUGAGAGUCUCUCGAGCUUAUCAAGCCUCUCAGACAUUGACUACAAUAACAAUGAUGACGAUGUUGAUAGUGACAAUGACGGUGACACCGACACUGACAGCAUAGAUGAGAUGAGCAUAGUAAACAAGAGAACCAGGGAAUUGGAACAGAAAAUGAGGAUUAUGAAGACACCAGAGUUAAACAAGGAAACAAAAGAUAUACCCUUCCCUAUCUAUAUAGUUCAUGCUCCUGGCGAACGGCUUUCGCUAGCAGCAACACCAUCUAAGCCAUGGUUCUUCCGCACCACGGGACCUCGGGUCAACCCCACCAGCCUACGCGAUGUUGGCAGUGAUAGUCAUGAAGCUGUUGCGGUUGAUCUUAUUAGCAAGAAGAAUGUGAAUUUGAGAAAAGCAUUUGAAGGGAAAAUGACAAUGAAGAUCCAAUCCCGAAGCUAGAUCCAGACGAGCUUGGAAGACGAUCGGAAGAGGAUGAAGUAAAAUCUUGGCUCUUCCUUAAUUUGUGUACUGAAAGAAAGAAAAAAUAAUACAAGUGUGUUCUAAUAAUGUUGAAAUGCUUGCAAAAUAAAUGUUGAAAUAAAAUCCGUAUAUAGUCCGUAUAUACGACUGACUGUUGGACUGAAUGCGGAGUGUGACUGUGUGAGAAUGGCGAAUAAUAAGAAUACAUGUACAUGAAUGGGAAAUUCAAUAAAACUCGAC